AUGGAAUUCGACCCAGAUACUCCUCAAUACCUCACAUCGGACCAGUCGAGCUUUGCCUCGACCUCGGCCAACGAGCGAUGGCCCGUUAUCAUUACUGGUGCUAUCGAUGAUCUCCACCGAAGUGUUAUUACUGCCAAUAACGAGGAGAAGGAGAAUGAGGGAAAGGCCAUUAUUGCCAACCUUGCCAAACUGAAAUAUGAGUUACAGCACAACCGCCAAUUAACACCCAUUGAGGAUGAUGGCCAUCCGGAUAUCGCCUCUUAUAACGAGGAGUUGGAGCAACGUGGAAACCCGGUCUGGCAUGAUGUGCCUUGGCUUUACUCCGAAUGCUACCUGUACCGCCGCAUUGAGAGUUUCUUCGCAUUAUCUAAGCACUGGAAGGGAUACGAUGUGUUCGCCCGCCAGAAGAUGUCGACUUUCAAGUCAUCUCGCCCUGCGGUUCUUGAACUCGCUGCCCGCUACCGCGAGCUGGCCGAAGAAGCCAAGAGCGGCAAGGGAUCAGAGGGCAAAUCUGCCGAGGAGAUUGAGGCAGCUGAGAAGCUCCUUUUCUCGGAGAUGUGCGAGAUCUGCCUGUGGGGCAAUGCCACUGAUCUAUCCCUCCUGACUUCCCUCACCUAUGAGGAUAUCCAGAAGCUGCAGGGCUCCGAGGCCCGAAAAGCCUCGCAGAGCAACAUUCUUGUUAACGACCUCGAUGCCGCCUUUGCAGUCAUGCAGAAGGCACGUAAAGAAAAGAAGGAUGGCGAGCGCCGUGUCGAUAUCGUCCUCGAUAACUCUGGCUUCGAGCUGUUCGUUGACCUGAUUUUGGCUGGAUAUUUGCUUUCCACCGGACUGGCAACCACCAUCGUUCUCCACCCCAAGCGCCUUCCCUGGUUUGUGUCCGAUGUCACACCAAAGGAUUUCAUGGACCUUCUCAACUGCAUGGUCGACCCCCAGGCUUUCUACACUGCCGCAGAUGACUCGGGCAAGACCUUCCCUGAGCUCUCCGAGAAGGAGGUCUCCGACGUCCAGUUCCUCUUCGAACAAUGGAGCGGUUUCCACCAGGAAGGUAAAUUGAUCAUGCGCCCUCACGCAUUCUGGACUACCCAAGGCGGCUACUGGCGUCUACCCCAAGUGGCCCCUGAGCUGUUCGAUGAUUUGAAGGAGAGCGAGUUGGUCCUUUUCAAGGGUGACUUGAACUACCGCAAACUGACCAACGAUGCUCAAUGGGACCCCACAACCCCCUUCACAACAGCCAUCGGCCCCAUGGGCCCCAAAUCGGGUAUCCGUGUUCUUGCAUUCCGCACUUGCAAAGCCGAUACUGUCGUUGGCCUCCCAGCCGGUGUAGACGAGAAGCUCCGCCAACAGCCUGGUGGAGGUGAUGAAAAGGUUCGCAAGUGGGCCUGGAGCGGUAAAUGGGCCGUCGUGUCCUUCUCCGACGGCAAGGCCUAA